AUGGAAAUUAAUGUGGAGAAAGACAGAAAGACAGGAGAGACCAAGAUUCUCUCUACAACUGCCAUUGACUCAGAGGGGUUCCACCAGAGAGGAGUAAAAGUCUAUGAUGAUGGUAACAAAGUAGUUUAUGAGCUCCACCAUUCAGGUGCUGUGGUAGAAAAUGGUGUCCAUAAGUUAAGUACGAGGGAUGUAGAUGAUCUUAUACAGAAAUCCGCACAAUUAACAGGGCAAGACAUUUUACCCAAAAGAACUCUUACCAAUGAAGGAAUGUCUAGCCAAAUGAAGGAGCAAUUGCAUUUUAAGGAAGCUAAACUAGAAAUGGUGCAUAAACCAAGCAAAGGGUUUCCUUUAAAGCCUGGACAACAACAUAUAAGUGGUGGAAGUGAUGUGAAUGCAGCUACGCUAGAGCAACCAGUGACAAUGAUCUUCAUGGGCUAUCAGAAUAUAGAUGAUGAGGAUGAAACUAAAAAAGUGUUGGGCUAUGAUGACACCAUGAAAGCUGAGCUUAUUCUCAUUGAUGAAGAUGAUGAGAAGUCAUUGCGGGAGAAGACAGUAACUGAUGUGUCCACUAUGGAUGGAAAUGCUGCAGAACUGGUCUCUGGGAAGCUUCUCACUGAGACCACAGAACCCUCCUCUCCUGAAGGCAAAGAGGAGAGUCUAGCCACAGAACCCAUUACAGGUACAGAAAAGAAAGCUCGCUGUAAAUGCUGUGUUGUAAUGUGA